AUGUACCACCUCUUCAAAGGCCUGCAUACAUACCUCACACGCAAGGAUGAGUACUCGGUCGUCAUCAUUGGGCUAGACAACGCGGGCAAGACGACGAUGCUCGAACAGAUCAAGACCCUAUACAACCCCACGCCCGGCAUGCCGCCAGAUAAGAUUGGUCCGACAGUCGGACAGAACAUCGGCAAGAUCUCGCUCCCCUCAACGACGAUGCACUUUUUUGAUCUCGGCGGGCAGCGUGACAUCCGCUCCAUCUGGCCGCGAUACUACGACGAGUGCCAUGCCGUCGUUUUCGUCCUCGAUGCCAGCGACCAAGCGCGCCUAAGCGAGACGUGGGAGGUAUUUGACGAGGUCCUAAACUCUCCACGCCUACUCAACCUCCCCCUCCUCCUCCUUGCCAACAAGCAGGACAAGGACACGUCCCUCACCGUCGCCGAAGUCCCCGUCCCCGACAGCCCGCUCUCGGCUACAAUCGAGCUUCCAGACGAGGACAAGGCUCAACGCAUGGCCAGCCUCGAUGUACUCGGCGGAUCGGCACUGGAAGGUACGGGUGUGCGUGAGGCGAUUGAUUGGCUGUACAUCCGCGUGCAAAACUCGCGGCAGGUCGACGACGAUGGCAGAUUCUAG